UUCUUGUUCCCACAUACCCAUCUUCCCCAACCUUUCCCAAAAAAAAAACUUAGGGUUUAAAGCUUCAAGAUUCGUAAAGAUAUGAAUAUAAAACACACAAACGCAUAAAAACUAAUUGCGUAUGCUGUUUAUAUAACAUCUUUGUGUUGUCUUUUCUUGUGAUAUUUUUAUUUGUUCUUGUAUUGGUUUAGAUCGCUACACUCGAGAUAAAGGAGUUAAGUAGUUAAUUAAACAGAUCGGCCUAAAGAAAGAGAAGGAUCAUGUGUAGUCGAGGCCAUUGGAGACCAGCAGAAGACGAGAAGCUCAAGGAUCUGGUCGAACAAUAUGGUCCUCAUAAUUGGAACGCCAUAGCCCUCAAGCUCCCUGGUCGAUCUGGUAAGAGUUGUAGAUUGAGAUGGUUCAAUCAGCUGGAUCCGAGAAUAAAUCGAAACCCCUUCACGGAGCAAGAAGAAGAACGACUUUUAGCGGCUCACCGGAUCCAUGGGAACAGGUGGUCCAUCAUAGCUAGGCUUUUCCCUGGAAGAACGGACAACGCCGUCAAGAACCAUUGGCACGUUAUCAUGGCUCGACGCACACGUCAAACCUCAAAGCCUCGUAUUCUUCCUUCCACGACUUCCUCUUCAUCUUUAAUGGCGACUGAACAAAUCUUUAUGGCUUCUGGUGAUCGGAAGAGAAUACAUGGAGCCGUCAACUAUCCUUACCAAUUCUCUCAUGUCAAUCAUCUUCAGUUCCUAAAGGAGUUCUUCACCGGAAAGAUCGGUUUAGAUACCAAAGAUGCGAUCGCAGCAAAUCAGGGUAAAAAGCCUAUGGAGUUCUACAAUUUUCUACAAGUAGAUAUGGAUUCAAACAAGAGCGAGAUUAUUGAUCAAGAUUCAGACCAAAGCAACCCCGAUGACUCGGACAACAAAAACGAAAGUCGUAUUCCUUUCUUCGACUUUUUGUCUGUUGGAAACUCUAAUUCCUAGGGUUAAUUAAUUCGUUUGCAGUAUAUCUGUACAUACAUGUAUACGUAUGCAAGUCCUAAAUUUCUAGCUUUAACUAUUUAGUCCGUAUACGUACGAUACCUUACAUCGAUUACACGUAUGUUUAACGUAUAGAAAUUACUAAAUAGUGAGCUCUAGCUAGCUAAUCUGAGCUUAAUGUAAAUGGAUCCACAACACAUAUUAUCCUAUUAAUCGGGUUGUAUGAGGUGGGUAAAAUGU